AUGGGCAUUUCCUCCACUGCGACAACGUGCAGCACGCCGAUCAUCAACUUUUCCAGCUAUUACCGCAAGCGUGCGGCCUCCGUGGAGCUGCCUGAGGCCACAGCAUGGCUGGAACACCUCCAGCUCGGUAUGCGCGCUGUCACCAGUGCCAGCACCACGGGAACUAAAGUGCAGUAUGAGAUACAGGCGAGCUACACGCCGCCCUGCUGUCAGGACCCGGAGCUGGUCUGGGCUGUUAGUCACCCGUUCGAAGCCUACAGGCGCUUCCGCAAGCAGUUGCUGCGGCGUCUGCAGCCGGGCCACGUUUGCCCUGCCGAGUGCAAAUGGCUCUAUGCUGUAGUGAAGAAUCACUUUCCCAAGCCCAAGCUGCUUGCUUCCAAUUCGCCCCGCACGGUAGAGGCCAGAAGACAGGCACUCGUCCGUAUGCUGCGCACGUUGCAGGCCUCGCUGGUCAACCGCGGCAAUCAGGGCUGCAAUGUGCUCGUACACGGGGUGUGCAGAGAGUUUGCCAACUUUAUCCUGGGUGAAAAUGCCAAUCUACCUGAGGUGGCCAUGGCACUCAGCGGCUGCAGCUCUGAUCAAAGCACACGCGAUUCGUCCGCGAGUUUCAUGUCCAAUUGCAGCGACAACGAAGAUUAUAGCCAGGAGAUCUCACCGUUUGACGAUCUUUACGGCUGCAGGAGCGGACGAGGAUACUGCAAGUCCGAGUCGGGCCAAUGA